CCGCAUGGCGGAACUGGCAAUGACAGCAGAGGGACCGCUGUCUGUUGUGAUGAGUUCAAGUUUCUGCAUCUACGUCUAGCUCAAAUUAUAAACGAGCCGCUCGUCUUCCCUCGGAGAAAGCGGCGGAGUUUGUUGGGAAAACGCGGCCACCCUGCUUGUCUGUCGGUUUGCUAGUGUGGCUGCCGGGAGUCUUUGGAGAUGUGCACUCAGACGAAGGCUGCUGCUCUGAUGGCUAACAUCCCGCAGGCAGACAUCGAGCCGUCCGGCGUGUUCAAGUACGUCCUGAUCAGAGUUCACAGCAGAGAGGAAGGAGACGACUCGGAGGUAGAUAUAGUCCGAGGAUACGGCUGGGCCGAGUACCAUGCUGAUAUUUAUGAGAAAGUCUCAGAGGAGCUGGAAAAAGAUGGCCACCUGGACUGUGAGUGUAUCGGAGGAGGGAGGAUCAAACAUGAACCCCAAGCCAAGAAGAUCCACGUCUACGGAUACUCCAUGGGAUUUGGAAGAGCAAACCACGCAGUAACUACUGAGAAACUAAAGGCUCGGUAUCCAGACUACGAGGUGACCUGGGACAAUGAAGGAUAUUGAACUGAGAACAGUUUCUGGUGGACACCCUUUCUCCUGGACUGACAUAGUACUUAUCUGUAACCAUUCAUGAGAAGGCAGAACAUGUCAUUAAAAACCUUACAGAGUA